CGAGCAGGACAAACACACGAGACAUGCCUGACACAAUGUUGCGGUCUGUCUGAAUGAUUUAACUGUUAUGUGUUGUGUUGUUUGAACCUUGUAAAUAAUAACGAUGGCAGCAUGGACGUGUAGGUUUUUCAGGCUUGGUGAUUGUUUAAUAAGAGGAGCGCAAGGAAGCUUUUGCAGAACUGGAGCAACACUAGAAAGAGCCCCUUUCGUUCAGUGUGUAAGGACCCAUCAGACAGACACAUGGUGGGAUGAUCACCUCACAGAAGAUAAUGCUUCUUUUCUAAAAAAAGACUAUUGGGGAGGAAUACAGACAACAGGGAGUCGGAGGGUUGGCGUAGUGGCUGUUAAACUCGGAAUGAUGCCUGUGUGGACCAAGUCUGGAGAGAGACACGUAGUGACCAUGCUGCAGGUCCAGGAUUGUCAUGUGGUAAAACACCUAUCCAAAGAAGAGUUUGAUGGCCGCACAGCAGCUCUUGUUGUGGGAGGAAAAAGCAUCUCUCCGUUUCACAGGGCAGAGGGAUAUUUAGAGAUUUUCCGGAAUGCAGGAAUUCCUCCUAAACAGAAAAUCACCACAUUUUGUGUGUCAGACAAUGCUAUCAUCAAACCAGGUACUCCUCUAUAUGCAGCUCACUUUUGUCCAGGCCAGUAUGUGGACAUCACAGCCAAAACCAUUGGAAAAGGUUUUCAAGGUGUAAUGAAGCGCUGGGGGUUCAAAGGUCAGCCUGCUUCUCACGGCCAAACUAAGACACACAGGAGGCCAGGAUCUUUGGGACCAGGAGGGGACCCAGCUAAAGUUUUCAAAGGAAAGAAGAUGCCAGGCAGGAUGGGAAAUGUUUAUGACACUGCUCAUGGCUUAAAGAUAUGGAGAGUGAACACCAAAUAUAACGGUCUUUAUGUCAACGGUUCAGUACCAGGCCACCGCAACUGUCUGGUUAAGGUCAGAGACACAAUUCUACCCAAUCGGGUGGUGAAGAACAAGAACCCACCCUUCCCCACGUUCUUUGCUGAUGGAGACGAGGAGCUUCCUGAAGACCUCUACGAUGAAGACAUGUUCCAGUUUGGAGAGCCCAUCCCUGAAUGAAGUCAUGACUGCACAACACUCUGCUUACACUCUCUGAAAAGACAUGGAUCCCUUGACCUGUCUUGCGUCUAGUGGGUUCAGUGUUGCAGGGCGCCUAUGAAGUUGAAAGACGGUGCAAAAUAACUUAAGAAGCGACUGAUUUUGGCAAGCAACACACAAAUACACACUGUUUAGCGUUAUACUGACUAAAUUCUUAACUCUCUUACAUCUGUGUAAAACCAAACACCCACAAACUGUCGAAAGUAUGGGUCAUGUUGGAUUUAAACAAUAAAACCUGUUUGAUAUAAUCU